AUGACAACAGCCCCCACUGCCAAACGUCAACAUUCUCGUCGAGUCAAGAUGACCACAACCAAUGCUGUUGUUACUGGCUCUUCUCUCAUACAUCUCGUGAUCAUUCUUUUUCUUCUCUUACAAACUUCGACUUUUACAUUACAAGAUAUUGUUACAUCAUCUUCUUCUCGACAUUAUGGAGGUUACGAUGCAGAUGUUGUCCAUUCCAUCUCGACCGAUUCUAAAGGCAAUAAAUACAUUCUAGGUAACUCCAUCUAUAUCAACAAUGCUUUCAACAAGUGGUACAGCGAAGGUUCGAAUGGUGGAUGGACUCCUCCAUUGAAUAUCACCUUCAUGGCUCAAGUGAAUGGAAAUCCUGGAAAAACACAAUGGCGUUUUGCAUGGCCACAACAAUACAUGAAUGUAUUUGCUUCGAAAAAGAUUCUCGUCGAUUCAGACAAUGAAACACUCAUGUAUGUGGCAUCGGUGAUUGAUGGCAAUGUAGCAAAUUUCAAUUUCUUUGGAAAAGUUUUGAGUAAUUCGAAAAGUUAUCCACAGAUUGUGUUGGCAUGUUUCAGUACGUCGUAUCCAGAUGAUGGAAAUUCUGCAAAUACAGCAGCUUGGGCUGCCAAAGUAAUUAACACACCCAUGCCAUUGUCAGAAAUUGUCAGCAUGCACAAAAAAGGAAAUUCAUUGGUGUUGGCUGCCAAUGUUGGAGUGCCACCCUUGAAUCAAAAUCAAAACAUUCUCAUGAUUCAACAAACUAUUUCGUAUGCUUCCUUUCCAAACAUUUUUUCAUCCACUGAAAAACAAUUCAUCUUAUCAGAUCCUCGUGACAUGAAAAGUACAGGAGUUGUGGUCGACUCGAAUGGAUUAAUUAGUAUGAGUGGUUAUGUCAUUGGAAAUGGAAAUGUCACUACUGGAAAUAUGACUGCAUUAUUAGGAUGUCCAUUACACACGAGUGGUUUGAACACUAUGAAAACUUUUGUAUUGAAAUUUAACAUUUCAAGUUCGACGUGUCUAUUGGUCGCCAACUCGACAGAAAGUCCAAAUAUUACCAUGAUUACAUCGAUGCAAUACUUGAAUGAUACGAUUUAUUUUGCAGGUUACUACAGAGGAGUGAAUAAUGACAAGCUGGCAGGAAAUGUUCUUCCAAAUUAUUCGAAAGGAGCUGUGUUUUAUUCUCGAUUUUCAACGAAUACCAAUGUACUCGAUUAUGUGUCGACCAUUCAAACAGAUUCUCCUUCGAAUAAUGUUUUACUUGGAAUUGGAGGGGCUUCCAAACAUUUGGGUUAUUUGGUUGGAGAAUUCCAAGUUCCAAUUGUUGUGACUCCAUCUUCCAAGUAUUUAUAUCCAGUGAACACAAGUUCUCUGAACAAUAGCAAGUUUUUAUUGAAAUUUAAUGGAGCUGAUGGAACUUUAGAAUGGGGAACCAGAUGGAAUUCUACAUUGACAUUUACAGCUGUCGCCGGAUUUCCCAAUGAUUAUCUCGUUUCAACGGCAGGAACCUUUUUCAAUGAAGAUAUGACUUUUUACACAGCAGUGUCAUCGGUGACAAUUCCCAUUUAUGAUCCAGCCUCGAGUGAAGGAUUUCUUUUAACUUUUUGCAAUUCAGAAGGAUACACUUCAGAAGUCAAUCAAUGCAAAGAUUAUUAUUGUGGAAAAAUUUUAUAUUCACAAUCAAGUGUAUGCAGUGGACAUGGAAAUUGCGUUUCUCCAGAUACCUGUUCAUGUCAAACCGGUUACAAUGGUACGAAUUGUGAAAAUAUGUAUUGUUUUAACAUUCCUGCCUCGUCAUCCUUGGUGUGUAGUGGAAAUGGAACUUGUGUGAGUGGUGACAAGUGUUCCUGUAAUUCGAAUUAUACUGGCCAACAAUGUGAAAUUCCAAUAUGUUAUGGAUACUUGGCCAAUGACACAAAAACAUGUUCAGCUCAUGGACAAUGUGUUGCUGCCAAUACUUGUAAAUGUCAUUCCAACUAUACUGGAUCCAACUGUCAAUCCUAUUCCUGUUAUGGAACUCUGAACACCAAUUCAAGUUAUGUCUGCAAUGGUCAUGGAAUUUGUUCCUCUCCAAACAAUUGUACAUGUUAUCCCAAUUAUGCAGGAGCUCAAUGUGAAAUUUAUUUCUGUUUUGGACAAGCAGGAUCUGCAGGAUGUUCGAAUCGAGGAAAUUGCAUUGGUCAUGACACGUGUAGUUGUUCUCUCGGUUUCACUGGACCACAAUGUGAAUUUAAUGUGUGUUAUGGAAAGAGUUCGAAUUCGUCAUUGGUGUGUGAUUCGCAUGGAAUUUGUUCUUCGUAUAAUCAUUGUGAAUGUCAAUUUGGUUAUUUCGGUUCCGAUUGUAGUGUGAAAUAUUGUUAUGGAAUGUUAAGCAAUUCCUCGAAUGUGUGUAGUAAUGGAUUUGGAACAUGUAUGGAUAUUGACAAGUGUCAGUGUUUGAGUGGAUAUUAUGGACAGCAAUGUGAAAUCAAAAAUUGUUAUGGAACACUUUCGAAUGAUUCUCGAGUGUGUAGUGGAAGAGGAAUUUGUAAGGAUGUGAAUCAGUGCGCAUGUGAAGGAGAUUAUCUUUUUGGAAAUGAAUGUGAAUUCUCGAUAUUUACUUUGGAUUACUCGAAAGGAGAAUUAGUGACACGAGAUCCUCAAAUUGUGAAUCAAAAUUAUUAUCAAUGCGAAUUGGUAUUUCCAAAUGUGACAGUAUUGGGAGAUUCCAAAACUCGUACUUGUUUCACUGAUGUUGUUUCAGGUGUUUUUGUCGUGAAACUGGGAGGAGGUUAUUUACUAAGUAACAAUGACACGACAUCAUUGCAUCAUCCACAAACUUUACGAAAAUAUUUAAUUCAAGAAAUUGCCACAAGUAAGGUAUUGAACGUUGCAUUGACCAUCAUUCCAGAAAGACCAUAUUUUGGAAAUGUCAUUAUAUUGAGAGCAGAUUCUGCACAAGCGCCCCUUCCCAAUCGAAAAUUAGAGUAUUCCUUCUCAUGCUCGAACUGUCCUUCGACCAUUUUGAAUGCCUUACCUGCUCCUUCUUCUUCAUUACCUGUAGUGACGUUAUCAGGAGAUUUAUUUACUCAGGGACAAACGUACAAUUUCUUUGUUGAUGUUUUUGACAAGGCAUUGGGUAUUAGCAAGAGUGCUUCGAAAUCGAUCUAUAUUUAUGCCUAUCAGUCACAACUUAAUUUAUGGGAUGCUAAUGCUUCGAAAUACUAUGCUCAACAAUGUUCGAAUGGAUUGGAUUGUCUCAUUGAGAAUAUUUUCGUUGGACAUCCACUAUUAACUUCAUCCAGCAAUUCAAGUUUCACAUUGAUUUCACACGAAUAUGAUGGAAUGGCAAUAUCUGCAUUGAAUGGAAAACAAGUGUUUAGAAUUCCAUCGAAUUAUAUUACUUUCGGAAAGACCAGUGUGUUGAAAACAAUGGUGUCCAUUCCUACUUUGGGAACUUCAGAAACAUUUUAUGGAAAUUUGACAUUCGCAAUGGAUCCAAAUAAGGAAUUCUUUAUUACAGGAGGAGACAAGAGUCAAUUGAUGGACAAGAAGGAUUCAUUGGCUUUAUCAAUCCAAGCGUUCGAUACAAGAUAUUUGAAUUUCAUUUCUUCCAUUCAAUGGUCUUGUCAACAUGUCACUUCCAACGCAUCAUGCACAAAUCUUAUCAAUUCGACGACUUCUUCCAUCAUUUCCUUCACAAAUAAUGGAGGAAUAACAAGUUCUGGAUUAUACAAAUUGAAAUGCCAGAUACAGACCACUCUUGGAGUCAGUUUCACAUUAUUUUCAUAUUUACAGAUGGUGGAUAAUUCAUGGGGAUCGACAGUGUCAGUAAUUUCUACUCAACCAAUUGCUCCUUCAUAUGGAUACAACAGCAUCAUUACAUUGAAAUCAGUUCUCUCUCAAACAUUAAGCUCUUCCAUUUCCUCCAUCCAGUUGACAACUGACAAGCCCACAAAAGCUUCAUUCCCUGCAACCAUGACUACCUUCAAAGAUCAACCAGAUGGAAGUACUCUCAUUCAAACGUCCAUCGACACUUCCCAAUACCUCUUCGAGAAUAUCAAAUAUUCUUUCACCAUGAAUAUCACUUUAACAAGUGGACAUUCUUUUUCAUCAUUUUAUUUCACGACCAUUACACCUCGAACUUCAAAAUUCAGUGAAUGUAACAUUUCUCCUUCCAAUGGUAUUGCCUUUGAAACUCAAUUCACACUUUAUUGUAGUCAUUUAGGUCCGGACAUGGAUCGUUAUUCAGUGAAAAUGAUUCUCUUUGAUUCCUCUCAAAAACAAUUCACACUUUCACAUUCGAAACAAAAUGUCAUGUUGACACGAUUACCUCUUCUUUCGAAUAAUGCAUUUGUGAAAUUUAUAUUACAAGAUACAUCUGGAGGAACGAUCGAGUAUCAAGUUCCAGUGAGUACAAGUCUUCCAGUGGAUUUGGCAAAUGUGAUUUCAAAAUUAUCUCCAAAUUAUUAUGCAGCUUAUGUGUUUGAUUAUUUGGAAAAAGCACUUGUCAAUAAUAUUGGAUAUGAUGUGACAUUGAAGCAAUAUAUUGAUAUUGUGAGUGCUUUGAGUAUCUUUUUGAAUAGUCCUUCAGUGGAUGCAUCCAAAGCGUUUGCAGAUAUUCUUGACAAGGUGUCAAAUAUGAUAGAUCGACUCUUUACUUAUUUGGAAAUACUGAAAAACAUGUCAUUCAAUGCAGAUGAUCAGAUUGUUGAGGUACUUUCUCCACUCGUUUCGAAAACAGUGUUUUUCAUACAUCGAGUUGGUCAAUUGAAUUCAUUAAGCACUGUGUAUCGAAAUCGAUUGCUUCAAAUGAUCAAAUUUAUUCUUUCCAUUAAUUCUCAGGUCAAUACUGAAAUGUCAGAUGCCAUAACAUUAUUAAGUUCAUCCGUCAUUACCUCAACUCCUUCUUCACCAAACUCUUCCCAAAACAUGACACAAUUCUCAUCCUCCAUUUUAGAAAUUCUCAAUCUCAAACUCGGCCUGAUUGAUAUCAAAUCCUCUCAAGAUGGAACCUUUGAUUUAGGAGGAAUGACUCUUUCAUUGAUGUAUGGUUUGAAAUUAAGCACAUUUUCAAAUCUUAAAAUAGUUUUGAAUUCUCAAUUCAAUGUACAACUUCCUUCCACACCAUUGACGGAUUCCAAUUCUGGAGGAGUUGUGAGUGAUUACAAAUUCAUGACAAGUGUGUUAAAUGUUACCAAUUCUCAAUUUUCGAUUGGAAAGAAUUUGACAAGAAUGUUUUUAACGGGAAAUGUCAUGACGGUUCGUGUGAAUCGUUUGGUGGAUGGAUCGACUUUGAACAUUAAUAAUUUACAAGAUCCUAUUGUGUUGAAUUUUGUAAAUUUGGCAAUGAGUGCAGAGAAUUUGGUGUUGUACAGAAUGAAUAAGGCCAAUGUGACCUGUCGAUAUUUACAAGAGAGUACAGGAGAUUGGUUACAAGAUGGUGUCACGACAGUUGUCACUGUCAACUCUGACAACACGAUUUCAGUCAAAUGUCAAACCAACCAUCUUACAACCUUCUCUGUCUUUUUAGAUAUUUCAAGCACAUCCAAUACUGGAGGAACCACAAACCCAGUCGCCUCUUCCAAAACCCAAAACCCCCUAUCAAACAAUGGAGGAGAUUUAGCAGUGGCCAUUGCAGUUCCAGUCUCGGUUGUGUCAUUCCUUCUCAUUCUUCUGGUCAUUGUCAUUGUCAUCAUUGUUGCUCUCAUUCUACGACGAAAGAAGAUGCAACAACAAAAGAAACAAGAUCUCGCUUUAAAUGAAAAGAAACAAGAUCAAAAUACUGCCAGCAUGACACAUGAUCCAAUUGUACAAAAUUCUCAAAAGAAUGAAUCGGUGGCAAGUCUUUCGGAUAUUGAAAUGCAAGAAGACACUGGAACGAGUUCAUUAUUUAUUUCAGAUUAUCGAUCGGUUCGUGAACAAUUAAUGACUAGUACGAAUGGUGAAAUUAUUCCAAUUUCUAUUAAUCAAUCAGCAGUGACUUCUGGCAAUAAAUCGAAUCGAUCCAAUUCCUCGACAAGUAGUGGAAGAACGGAUGUGAUUAACAGAAAGUAUGAAAUUUUGGAAAAAAUUGGAGCUGGAGGAUUUGGAAGUGUUUUCAAAGCAAGAAAUCUCUUAUAUACUGGUAAACCAGGUGAAAUUGAAUUCUUUGCAAUUAAGAAAGUUCAACUUUCAGGAAUGUCUGAAUUGAAUGAAAAAUUCAAAGAAGCUGUCAACAUGUUCCGUUGUCGUCAUGAAAAUAUUGUCUAUCUGGAAGAUGCAGUGGUUGAUGAAAAUACCAUGUCACUCUAUCUCAUUAUGAAAUUCUAUGGAAAUGGAGAUUUGGAUUAUUUCAUUAAGAAACGAAAAAGACUCUCUGAAAAGAUGUUACUGCAAGUGAUUCAUCAAGUAUGUCGUGGAUUGGAUUAUUUACAGAAAACCAUGUCCAUGAUUCAUAGAGAUAUCAAACCAUCGAAUAUUUUUGUUGAUGAAAUUGAUGAAGCCAACGAUCGUAUCAAAAUUGUACUCAGUGACUUUGGAUUGGCAAAGGAAAGCAAUGUGUUGAAUUCGUUUAGUUUUGCAGGAACUCCCUUCUUCAUGUCUUGUGAAUUAAUUGUUGGAGGAAAAUAUUCAUUCAACACGGAUAUUUUCAGCUUGGGAUGUAGUAUUUUCGUCAUGAUUACAUUUGACAUGAGUUUGUCUUUGGGUCAACUCAUGCUGAAACAUCAAACCAACCUUCAAGAAGCAAAAGAUUAUAUGGCUCGCAAAAUUAAUGAGACAGACAAUGUCUACUCACAACAGUUCAUUGAUUUGUUGUGGAGAAUGGUUGAGUUUGAUCCUGAAAAACGUCCGAAUGCAGGUGAUAUUGUAGAGUGUUUGAGUCAGGAUGAAAAUUUCAAACAAAUCUUGUCUUUGUAA